ACUGUUUCCAUCCGUUUCUGUCUCUCGCUAGCGUCAUCCAUAAUGCUGGUAUCGAACUGCGGCGGCAACGCUCGCGAGGUCCAGAUCCACUACUCAUUACCAGCUGAAAAUUCCGCUGGUCUAUCCGUGCAACGAACACAGGGUAUUCCGUUGGAUGGCGAAGGCGAGACAUUAAUCUUAUAUCUGAACUGCGGACUCCGACGAGAGUUGAGUGCGUCGGUUGUACUUCAGCAGAAGACGUCGUUCCAGCGCUCUGUGGGUUGUUCGGAGAGCCUUGGCGUAGCACGGUGUCAGGCCAUGUCUCUGCUGCGUAGCAGAGCGCAGGGAGAACAGUUGAAUCAAACAGGUGGGCUCGGAGCUCUGGAGCCUUCAGAUGGUCUGUGGCUUCCUUCAGGGGACGAAGGCGCCCCAAGUGCCCCUUGCCUCCUGUUUAAUUCUUCUACAGAUCGUUCUCCAUGUUCAUCGAAUGCCCGAGAUCUACUUGAGAAGACGUCUCCGCGAUCGGAGAGCCUUCUAAUUCCAUGUCCUGAUCCUCGCAAAAAGCGUUCUUCAUGA